AAUAUUUUCAGUUUAAAUCCACAGCCUUCCUGGGAGUGAUAUCUAGUUCAGUUGUAAAAUUUGUUAUUCGUAGUGAAGUUAUAUGAGCAGCGGCAGCGCUUUCUUCUAAUGAAAAUGAAGUCAUUCUGUUUAUUACUAUUACCAUUAUUCAUAAGCAUCCGCCACAUUGAAGGAGAUGGCAGCCGAAUACCCCUAUCAAUAUACGAGUACGAAGACGAAGGCGAUGACAACUCCGUAGAGUUUUAUGGCACUAUUUCAAUCGGAACACUGCCACAGAAAGUGAACGUAUCAUUCGAAAUAACAUAUGGCGCCACGGAUAUGCUCUCAAGUUAUUGCAAUACUUCACUGUGUCGUGCCCAAAGACCCAGUGCUUAUAACCAUAAAAGCUCGAAAACUUCUCGAUAUGAAGAUGACUUUGAUAGAAAAUUUUUGGAAGAGCACUCCGGUGCUUUUGUAACUGAUAAUAUUACAAUAGGUAAUAUCCAGAUCCAAAACCAAUCAUUUUUGGUAACGACACACUCGCUAUAUAACGAUAUCUUUUACCAUGGUAGACCAUUCGAUGGUAGAGUUGGAUUAAACAAUAAUACAUUCGGAUUAGAAAACCCUUAUAUACGACACUGCAAAAACCUUGGACUGAAGAAGAAAUUUUCAUUAUACACCAAUUAUCCUUUGAACAAUGAUACCUCUGAAUUGAUGUUAUGCGGCGAAGACAACACAAAGUUUCGGGGUAACUUGCAAUACGUUACUCUAAUAGAUGGUGGACUAGCUAGACCAUGGCAGGUUGCAAUGCAAAGUGUUUUGUUGCAUCACAACGAUAAAAGUGCUCCAACUAUGGAAUUUCUACACGAAUAUUUCACACUGGAUCCUAGCUCGCCAUAUAUUGAAGGGCCAAGAGAGCACAUUGAGAAAAUUUACGAAAUGUUAAACGCCACACCAUCAAAACAUAAGAAGUUGAAGCAGGUCGACUGCACAACCAUUCGUUCAUUACCGAGAAUCACAUUUAGAAGUGUUGACAAGAAUUUCACUCUUACAGGAAAUGAUUACAUCAGACAGUUGACGCAAAACAAUCAACGGGUCUGCAUAGUUCAAUUGAUACCAGAUAGGUACAACUCAAAUUCAAUCUGGACCAUAGGAACCGUUUUCAAUAGGAAGUUUUACACUGUAUUCGAUGUGGAGAUGAAAAGAAUUGGAUUCUCCGAAAGCAUUCAUGACAAGACUGCUUAGAUACCAAAUGAUCUUACUUUUUAAUGGGAAGAUGAAGUAAUUCAAGUACUUACAUAAAUGUACCUAUUAAUUAUUUUUCUAUUCCAUAAUCAUGUUAAUAGGUAAUAAUGAAAUGAUAAUAUUAUGAUUCAUUUUUGAUAUCACUCAUUACUCAAAUUUCACUGAUUUCUAAAAUGCUUCAUGAGUUUUGUGAGUGCUAAUUUUUCAUUCGGUUCAGUUUUUAUUUACAUAAUUAUAGGUACCUAUAUGUAUGUUAAUCAAGUUGUAAAGUUUGUUUCAUGCAACUUGAGCCAAAUUUCAUUGAAUUUUUAUUUAAAUUUAUAUUCAAAGAAAAUCUAUGUAAUAUAAGGUAAGUAUUUACAGUAGCUAAACCUGUACCAAUCGUAUUUGUUUCAAAUUAAUAAAGUAAUUUUAAUGAUGC